AAAGAAAUUAGGACAAUGAGAGCAGUAAUUCUUGUUGGUGGAUAUGGAACUAGAUUAAGACCACUUACAUUAAUGUCGACCUAACCAUUGGUUGAAUUUGCUAAUAAGCCGAUGCUUUUACAUCAAAUUAGAAGCUCUGUAGAAACAAAUGUAAAAGAAGUAAUAUUAGCUGUAUCUUAUCGUGCGGAAAGAAAUGGAAAAAGAUUUAGGUGAGAAGCUAAAAAGUUAGGAGUACGUUUAAUAUUUUCACACGAGCCAGAACCAUUGGUACUGCAGGACCCGCUUGCACUUGUACAUGACCUUUUGUGUUCAGGGGAUGAACCAUUCUUUGUAUUAAAUUCUGAUAUCAUUUGUGAUUUUCCAUUCAGGCAGUUAUUAGAAUUUCAUAAAAAUCAUGGUAAAGAAGGGACUAUAAUUGGUACUAAAGUUGAAGAACCAUCAAAAUAUGGUGUAGUUGUUUGCGACGAUGGAAAGAUAGAGAGCUUUGUAGAAAAACCACAAGAAUUUAUCUCUAAUAAAAUUAAUGCAGGUACUCAGUAUGUAGAUUUUAACCCAAGUGUCUUAAAAAGAAUAGAGCUAACGCCUACAAGCAUAGAAAAAGAAGUCUUUCCCCAUAUGGCACGAGAUGGAGAAUUAUUUGCAAUGGAAUUAACAGGAUUUUGGAUGGAUGUAGGACAACCGAAAGAUUUCCUCAAAGGAAUGAGUAUGUACCUGACAUCUUUAAGACAGAUUCCAGAAAAAUUGUACUCUGGUCCAGGUGUUGUAGGAAGUUUAAUAGAUGAAACAGCAAAAAUUGGUAAAGAUUGUAGAAUUGGACCAAAUGUUACAAUUGGUCCUGGUGUGUUAUCUGAUGGAUGUUGCAUCAAACGGAGCACCAUUCUUAAGGCAGCUGUAAUAAAAGAGCAUGCAUGGCUAGAUGGGUGCCAUCGUAGGAGGAGAAGCGUUGUAGGACGUUGGGUACGAAUGGAGGGUACAACGGUACUCGGUGAAGAGGUAAUUGUUAAAGACGAAUUAUAUAUUAACGGAGGUCGUUUACCUCACAAGAAUAUUUCCAGUUCCGUGCCAGAGCCGCAAAUAAUCAUGUGACUAAAGACAAUACUAUUUCUUAGGGCACGCGUUGAACGUAAUCAGCGAUCAAAACUACGAAACAUUUUACAAAGAAAAAAGUUUUUAUCAGCAUUUUUACAACUAUAUAUAAUUAAUGUUCAUAUCGUUUUUAUAUUUACAAUUUAAAUUAACUUUACUGGUAGUCCUCGUACUACUAUCGCAGCUGCAGUCAUGUAUUGAGAACAGACAUUUUUGGAUUUUGCUACUGCCCUUAACAUCUCAGGUUCUAUAGGCACGUUUUGUGUGCUGUUUGGUGUAUUUUUAAAAAUUCUAAUCGAAUGAAAAAUUAUUGUAAUAAUAAAGUAAAAUUGAAAAAUAAAGAAA